UCGAUUAUAAAAUAAAAAUUUUUGUGUCCUAUUUUCCAAGUAGUGUGUAUUGUUGUUCCCGAAUUUUACCGAAGAAUUUUGUGAAAAUAAAAUUGAAAGAAAAUGCUGUCGAAUAAAUACGAUCAGAAAUAUAAAACUCGAAGAAAAAGAAAAUAUGUCUGUUUUCUUUCGAUAGUUUUUAUGUUUAUGAUUUCUGAAAUUGAAUGCAGAAGUAUUUUCGAUAAUAUACGUUUUAAGAGAUACGUAAAAGAUACGAAUAGAAAUGUCACAUGUACAGAUCCAGAAUUAUGUAAAAUCGGUAAUCGUUUAUCAAGUUUAUCCACAAACUUAGACACCGAUAAUAAUGGACAAUCCGCAUUACCUGACGACGAAGAUUACGAUAGUUAUUAUAACAGUGACACAGAUCUAUUACCGCCAGUGAAACCGUCCAAGAAGAAGUUAUCGAACACAGUCACCGAAUCUAGUCGAAUAAUCAUUGUUCGGCAGGGUGAUCAUCUCGAUCUAAAGUGUCCACUAAGCGGUGAUAUCAUCUGGAAACGUCAAGACGGUAGUAUUCUGUCACAUACCAAAGAUCAUUUUUCUUUUAAAAAAGCGAAUUUAUCAAAUACCGGCAUUUAUAUUUGCCACUCUAAAAAGGAAAAAAUUCAGUAUUAUUUUAAAAUAUAUGUGUAUUCAACAAGCGAUAAGCGAAAACCGAUUAUUUUGGAAACCAAAAAAACUGGAGUGGUUCAUGUGAACGCUACGGUGAUCUUAAAUUGUGAUCUGGUCAAAGAUCCAUCGCAGAAAGUGAAAUGGUAUAAUAAUUCAAAUCAUUUAAUACGCCAGGACGCGUUUCCGUUUCAACAGAUCUUGAUCUUACAAAAAUUGUCCCUAAAUGAUGCUGGAAAUUAUACUUGCUAUACGGAACGUGAUGGUUUCGGUAAAAAUAGUACAGCUAUUUUGAAAAUUGAUUCAAGAGAAAAUGUAUCAGCUCCUGUAUUCACACGACCCGAACGCAUGCAUAAAACGGUUGUCAAACCAGCAGGGAAUACGAUUACGUUAAAAUGUCCGGCAGAAGGUAACCCAACACCGAAUAUUACAUGGUAUAAGAAUGGUAAAGAGCCUACUCGACAACUAGGAGACUUCCGACGGCAAAAAUGGAUGUUAAUUAUUGAGGAUAUUGUAACUCAUGACACCGGAAAUUAUACAUGUGUCCUUUGCAACGAAUGGGGAUGCAUCAAUUUUACGUACAACGUCGAAAUUGUUGAGCGUAUAAGACAUAAACCAAUAUUAACAGAAGGUCCUGGCAAUGUGACAGCGGUGGUUGGGUCAAAUGUGACAUUUCAUUGUAAUUUUCUAUCAGAUUAUUCCUUACAUGUGGAAUGGUUUAAAAAUCGUACGGCUGAAAAUCAAAAUGAUACCGUAUUGAAGGAAUCUGGUAAUGGAACCAUGGAAGCAGAAGUACUCGAAUUAACGAAUGUAACACACAGCGAUGAAGGUUGGUAUGUAUGUGUAGCUGCAAACACAUUAGGCAGUUCACAUGCAAGCGCAUAUUUACAAGUGGUGGAUGUACUCCCGGAGGAACCAAUACAAACACCAAUUCGACAAUCAAAUUCGCUUGUAUUCAUUUUGGCUGGAGUUUUAUUUACCAUUUCAUUGGUGGCAACAAUUACUUUUGUUUGUACAUGUCGACGUUUGAAACGAGAAAAAUUAAAAAAAUUAAUUGCAAUUGAGACGGCGCGUGCGGCUGUUGUUACACAAUGGACGAAGAAAGUUAUUGUUGAAAAACAAACACUAUCAAAUUCACCAAAUGUUACUGAACCACUGCUAAUGCCAAUUGUAAAAAUUGAAAAACAAAAAUCGCAAAAUUUAAAUGUAAACGAAUCUGGUGUAAUUUCCGAAUACGAGCUACCAAUCGACGUGGAAUGGGAAAUACCACGAUCAUUAUUAACACUUGGCAAAAGUUUGGGUGAAGGUGCAUUCGGUAAAGUUGUAAAAGCAGAGGCACAAGGUCUUAUCAAACAGGAUUCAAGCACAAUUGUUGCUGUGAAAAUGUUAAAAGAAGGGCAUACAGACGCCGAAAUGAUGGAUCUCGUAUCAGAAAUGGAAAUGAUGAAAAUGAUUGGAAAAAAUAUUAAUAUUAUCAAUUUAUUAGGAUGCUGUACCCAAAAUGGACCAUUGUAUGUGGUCGUUGAGUUUGCACCGUAUGGUAAUUUACGUGAUUUUCUGCGACAACAUCGUCCAUCUUCGGGUUAUGAUGGACGAUCUUCGGGUUAUGAAUCGACGAUUGAUAGUCAAAUGUUAAAAGAGAAGAAAACGUUAACACAAAAGGAUUUAGUAUCGUUUGCGUAUCAAGUAGCACGCGGCAUGGAGUAUUUAUCAUCCAGGAGGUGUAUUCAUCGAGAUUUGGCAGCUCGAAAUGUGUUAGUUAGCGAAGAUUAUGUAAUGAAAAUCGCCGAUUUUGGUUUGGCACGAGAUAUUCAUUGUAACGAUUAUUAUAGAAAAACUACAGAUGGUCGAUUACCAGUAAAAUGGAUGGCACCAGAAGCUCUGUUUCAUAGGCUUUAUACAACACAAUCUGAUGUAUGGUCCUAUGGAAUCUUAUUAUGGGAAAUAAUGACGCUAGGUGGUACCCCGUAUCCAUCAGUUCCAAGUGUGGAAAAACUAUUUCAAUUAUUACGAAGUGGACAUAGGAUGGAAAAACCACCAUGUUGCUCAAUAGAAAUAUAUAUGUUAAUGCGAGAAUGUUGGAGCUAUCAAGCAACAGAACGUCCAAAUUUCUCAGGUCUUGUUGAAGAUUUAGAUCGUAUAUUAACAAUAACCGCAAACGAAGAGUAUUUAGAUUUGGGUCUACCACAAUUAGAUACGCCACCGUCCAGUCAGGAAUCGGGAUGUUCCCAACAAGAUAUCCCAUUCCCAUACGCCUUAUAAAGUAUUAAGAAGUGUUCUACAUAAAAGUAUUCAAACACGAGAUUCAAUAAAUUUUGAGCCUUCUCUCUGUUAAGAAUUUGUUUCGCAGUGCAAUAUUAAUUUUUUUUUUUUUUUUUUUUUUGAAGUAUUACUUAAGUUAUAACGGGAAAAAUUCCCAAAAUUAUUUUUUAAACAAUCCCCUGCAUUUAUGGUUUAGAGUUUAGUGCUAUUAAAAUUAGUUAGAACGUUUUAAGCCGAAAUAAUACACGAUUUGGGUCAAUUCCCAAACUGAAAUGUGUUAAGGGCUGCCUUGUCAAAAAGCCUGCAUCAUUUUCGUAAGAUUGGAGAUUGGUUGGAUUGCUAACUUAUAGAACAAUUAAACUAAAUAUCUAAAAGGAAAAAUUAAUGUAUCUUUGAAAUUUUCCACAAUUGUUUAUUAUUUUGUAAAAACUUCGUAAAAAAAAGUCGACUUCGCAGAGGCGUUCCUAACCUAUAUUUCACAAAAACACUAGUUGAAUUUAACCUGAAAACAAUCAUCACACUUUUUUUAUAGUUUUGGAGAAAAUAGAUACCAAAGUUUUUUCCUAAG